AUGGUGAGCCCCGAGAGCGCUCAGGAGGGAGAAGACAGCCAGCCAUCCUACAGUCAUCAGACGGUGAGCCCCGAGGGCGCGCAGGAGGGAGAAGACAGCCAGCCAUCCUACAGUCACCAGACGGUGAGCCCCGAAGGCGCUCAGGAGGGAGGAGACAGCCGGCCAUCCUACAGUCACCAGACGACGGUGAGCCCCGAGGAAGCUCAGGAGGGAGAAGACAGCCGGCCAUCCUACAGUCAUCAGACGGUGAGCCCCGAGGGCGCUCAGGAGGGAGAAGACAGCCGGCCAUCCUACAGUCAUCAGACGGUGAGCCCCGAGGGCGCUCAGGAGGGAGGAGACAGCCGGCCAUCCUACAGUCACCAGAGGGUGAGCCCCGAGGGUGCUCAGGAGGGAGAAGACAGCCGGCCAUCCUACAGUCACCAGACGGUGAGCCCCGAGGGCGCGCAGGAGGGAGAAGACAGCCGGCCAUCCUACAGUCAUCAGACGGUGAGCCCCGAGGGCGCGCAGGAGGGAGAAGACAGCCGGCCAUCCUACAGUCAACAGAGGGUGAGCCCCGAGGGUGCUCAGGAGGGAGGAGACAGCCGGCCAUCCUACAGUCACCAGACAGUGAGCCCCGAGGACACUCAGGAGCGAGGAGACAGCCGGCCAUCCUACAGUCACCAGAGGGUGAGCCCCGAAGGCGCUCAGGAGGGAGGAGACAGCCGGCCAUCCUACAGUCACCAGACGACGGUGAGCCCCGAGGAAGCUCAGGAGGGAGAAGACAGCCGGCCAUCCUACAGUCAUCAGACGGUGAGCCCCGAGGGCGCUCAGGAGGGAGAAGACAGCCGGCCAUCCUACAGUCACCAGACGGUGAGCCCCAAGGGCGCGCAGGAGGGAGGAGACAGCCGGCCAUCCUACAGUCACCAGACGGUGAGCCCCAAGGGCGCUCAGGAGGGAGGAGAGAGCCGGCCAUCCUACAGUCACCAGACGGUGAGCCCCAAGGGCGCGCAGGAGGGAGGAGACAGCCAGCCAUCCUACAGUCACCAGAGGGUGAGCCCCGAGGGCGUGCAGGAGGGAGGAGACAGCCGGCCAUCCUACAGUCACCAGACGGUGAGCCCCGAGGGCGCUCAGGAGGGAGAAGACAGCCGGCCAUCCUACAGUCACCAGACGGUGAGCCCCGAGGGCACUCAGGAGGGAGGAGAGAGCCGGCCAUCCUACAGUCACCAGACGGUGAGCCCCAAGGGCGCGCAGGAGGGAGGAGACAGCCAGCCAUCCUACAGUCACCAGAGGGUGAGCCCCGAGGGCGUGCAGGAGGGAGGAGACAGCCGGCCAUCCUACAGUCACCAGAUGGUGAGCCCCGAGAGCGCUCAGGAGGGAGAAGAGAGCCGGCCAUCCUACAGUCACCAGAGGGUGAGCCCCGAGAGCGCUCAGGAGGGAGAAGAGAGCCGGCCAUCCUACAGUCACCAGACGGUGAGCCCCGAGGGCACUCAGGAGGGAGGAGAGAGCCGGCCAUCCUACAGUCACCAGACGGUGAGCCCCGAGGGUGCUCAGGAGGGAGAAGACAGCCGGCCAUCCUACAGUCACCAGAUGGUGAGCCCCGAGAGCGCUCAGGAGGGAGAAGAGAGCCGGCCAUCCUACAGUCACCAGACGGUGAGCCCCGAGGGCGCUCAGGACGGAGGAGACAGCCGGCCAUGCUACAGUCACCAGAGGGUGAGCCCCGAGGGCGCUCAGGAGGGAGGAGAGAGCCAGCCAUCCUACAGUCACCAGAGGGUGAGCCCCGAGGGCGUGCAGGAGGGAGGAGACAGCCGGCCAUCCUACAGUCAUCAGACGGUGAGCUCCGAGGGCGCUCAGGAGGGAGAAGACAGCCGGCCAUCCUACAGUCAUCAGAGGGUGAGCCCCGAGGGCGCUCAGGAGGGAGGAGACAGCCGGCCAUCCUACAGUCAUCAGACGGUGAGCCCCGAGGGCGCUCAGGUGGAAGAAGACAGCCGGCCAUCCUACAGUCACCAGACGGUGAGCCCCGAGGGCGCUCAGGAGGGAGAAGACAGCCGGCCAUCCUACAGUCACCAGACGGUGAGCCCCGAGGGCACUCAGGAGGGAGGAGAGAGCCGGCCAUCCUACAGUCACCAGACGGUGAGCCCCAAGGGCGCGCAGGAGGGAGGAGACAGCCAGCCAUCCUACAGUCACCAGACGGUGAGCCCCGAGGGCGUGCAGGAGGGAGGAGACAGCCGGCCAUCCUACAGUCACCAGAGGGUGAGCCCCGAGGGCGUGCAGGAGGGAGGAGACAGCCGGCCAUCCUACAGUCAUCAGACGGUGAGCUCCGAGGGCGCUCAGGAGGGAGAAGACAGCCGGCCAUCCUACAGUCAUCAGAGGGUGAGCCCCGAGGGCGCUCAGGAGGGAGGAGACAGCCGGCCAUCCUACAGUCAUCAGACGGUGAGCCCCGAGGGCGCUCAGGUGGAAGAAGACAGCCGGCCAUCCUACAGUCACCAGACGGUGAGCCCCGAGGGCGCUCAGGAGGGAGGAGACAGCCGGCCAUCCUAUAGUCACCAGACGGUGAGCCCCGAGGGCGCUCAGGAGGGAGGAGACAGCCGGCCGUCCUACAGUCACCAGACGGUGAGCCCCGAGGGCGCUCAGGAGGGAGGAGACAGCCGGCCAUCCUACGGUCACCAGAGGGUGAGCCCCGAGGGCGCUCAGGAGGGAGGAGACAGCCGGCCGUCCUACAGUCACCAGAGGGUGAGCCCCGAGGGCGCUCAGGAGGGGGAAGACAGCCGGCCAUCCUACAGUCACCAGACGGUGAGAACCGAGGGCGGGCAGGAGGGAGGAGACAGCCGGCCAUCCUACAGUCACCAGACGGUGAGCCCCGAGGGUGCUCAGGAGGGAGAAGACAGCCGGCCAUCCUACAGUCACCAGACGGUGAGCACCGAGGGCGCUCAGGAGGGGGAAGACAGCCGGCCAUCCUACAGUCACCAGACGACGGUGAGCCCCGAGGGUGCUCAGGAGGGAGAAGACAGCCGGCCAUCCUACAGUCAACAGACGGUGAGCCCAGAGGGCGCGCAGGAGGGAGAAGACAGCCGGCCAUCCUACAGUCAUCAGAGGGUGAGCCCCGAGGAAGCUCAGGAGGGAGAAGACAGCCGGCCAUCCUACAGUCACCAGACAGUGAGCCCCGAGGGCGCUCAGGAGGGGGAAGACAGCCGGCCAUCCUACAGUCACCAGACGGUGAGCCCCAAGGGCGCGCAGGAGGGAGGACACAGCCGGCCAUCCUACAGUCACCAGACGGUGAGCCCCGAGGGUUCGCAGGAGGGAGAAGACAGCCGGCCAUCCUACAGUCACCAGACGGUGAGCCCCGAGGGUUCGCAGGAGGGAGAAGACAGCCGGCCAUCCUACAGUCAUCAGACGGUGAGCCCCGAGGGCGCUCAGGAGGGAGGAGACAGCCGGCCAUCCUACAGUCACCAGACGGUGAGCCCCGAGGAAGCUCAGGAGGGAGAAGACAGCCGGCCAUCCUACAGUCAUCAGACGGUGAGCCCCGAGGGCGCUCAGGAGGGAGAAGACAGCCGGCCAUCCUACAGUCAUCAGACGGUGAGCCCCAAAGGCGCUCAGGAGGGAGGAGACAGCCGGCCAUCCUACAGUCACCAGACGGUGAGCCCCGAGGGCGCUCAGGAGGGAGGAGACAGCCGGCCAUCCUACAGUCACCAGACGGUGAGCCCCGAGCGCGCUCAGGAGGGAGGAGACAGCCGGCUAUCCAACGGUCAUCAGACGGUGAGCCCCAAGGGCGCGCAGGAGGGAAGAGACAGCCGGCCAUCCUACAGUCACCAGAUGGUGAGCCCCGAGAGCGCUCAGGAGGGAGAAGACAGCCAGCCAUCCUACAGUCAUCAGACGGUGAGCCCCGAGGGCGCGCAGGAGGGAGAAGACAGCCAGCCAUCCUACAGUCACCAGACGGUGAGCCCCGAAGGCGCUCAGGAGGGAGGAGACAGCCGGCCAUCCUACAGUCACCAGACGACGGUGAGCCCCGAGGAAGCUCAGGAGGGAGAAGACAGCCGGCCAUCCUACAGUCAUCAGACGGUGAGCCCCGAGGGCGCUCAGGAGGGAGAAGACAGCCGGCCAUCCUACAGUCAUCAGACGGUGAGCCCCGAGGGCGCUCAGGAGGGAGGAGACAGCCGGCCAUCCUACAGUCACCAGAGGGUGAGCCCCGAGGGUGCUCAGGAGGGAGAAGACAGCCGGCCAUCCUACAGUCACCAGACGGUGAGCCCCGAGGGCGCGCAGGAGGGAGAAGACAGCCGGCCAUCCUACAGUCAUCAGACGGUGAGCCCCGAGGGCGCGCAGGAGGGAGAAGACAGCCGGCCAUCCUACAGUCAACAGAGGGUGAGCCCCGAGGGUGCUCAGGAGGGAGGAGACAGCCGGCCAUCCUACAGUCACCAGACAGUGAGCCCCGAGGACACUCAGGAGCGAGGAGACAGCCGGCCAUCCUACAGUCACCAGAGGGUGAGCCCCGAAGGCGCUCAGGAGGGAGGAGACAGCCGGCCAUCCUACAGUCACCAGACGACGGUGAGCCCCGAGGAAGCUCAGGAGGGAGAAGACAGCCGGCCAUCCUACAGUCAUCAGACGGUGAGCCCCGAGGGCGCUCAGGAGGGAGAAGACAGCCGGCCAUCCUACAGUCAUCAGACGGUGAGCCCCGAGGGCGCUCAGGAGGGAGGAGACAGCCGGCCAUCCUACAGUCACCAGAGGGUGAGCCCCGAGGGUGCUCAGGAGGGAGAAGACAGCCGGCCAUCCUACAGUCACCAGACGGUGAGCCCCGAGGGCGCGCAGGAGGGAGAAGACAGCCGGCCAUCCUACAGUCACCAGACGGUGAGCCCCGAGGAAGCUCAGGAGGGAGAAGACAGCCGGCCAUCCUACAGUCAUCAGACGGUGAGCCCCGAGGGCGCUCAGGAGGGAGGAGACAGCCGGCCAUCCUACAGUCACCAGACGGUGAGCCCCGAGGAAGCUCAGGAGGGAGAAGACAGCCGGCCAUCCUACAGUCAUCAGACGGUGAGCCCCAAAGGCGCUCAGGAGGGAGGAGACAGCCGGCCAUCCUACAGUCACCAGACGGUGAGCCCCGAGGGCGCUCAGGAGGGAGGAGACAGCCGGCCAUCCUACAGUCACCAGACGACGGUGAGCCCCGAGGAAGCUCAGGAGGGAGAAGACAGCCGGCCAUCCUACAGUCAUCAGACGGUGAGCCCCGAGGGCGCUCAGGAGGGAGAAGACAGCCGGCCAUCCUACAGUCAUCAGACGGUGAGCCCCGAGGGCGCUCAGGAGGGAGGAGACAGCCGGCCAUCCUACAGUCACCAGAGGGUGAGCCCCGAGGGUGCUCAGGAGGGAGAAGACAGCCGGCCAUCCUACAGUCACCAGACGGUGAGCCCCGAGGGCGCGCAGGAGGGAGAAGACAGCCGGCCAUCCUACAGUCACCAGACGGUGAGCCCCGAGGAAGCUCAGGAGGGAGAAGACAGCCGGCCAUCCUACAGUCAUCAGACGGUGAGCCCCGAGGGCGCUCAGGAGGGAGGAGACAGCCGGCCAUCCUACAGUCACCAGACGGUGAGCCCCGAGGAAGCUCAGGAGGGAGAAGACAGCCGGCCAUCCUACAGUCAUCAGACGGUGAGCCCCAAAGGCGCUCAGGAGGGAGGAGACAGCCGGCCAUCCUACAGUCACCAGACGGUGAGCCCCGAGGGCGCUCAGGAGGGAGGAGACAGCCGGCCAUCCUACAGUCACCAGAUGGUGAGCCCCGAGAGCGCUCAGGAGGGAGAAGACAGCCAGCCAUCCUACAGUCACCAGAUGGUGAGUCCCGAGAGCGCUCAGGAGGGAGAAGACAGCCGGCCAUCCUACAGUCAUCAGACGGUGAACCCCGAGGGCGCUCAGGAGGGAGAAGACAGCCGGCCAUCCUACAGUCACCAGACGGUGAGCCCCGAGGGCGCGCAGGAGGGAGAAGACAGCCGGCCAUCCUACAGUCAUCAGACGGUGAACCCCGAGGGCGCUCAGGAGGGAGAAGACAGCCGGCCAUCCUACAGUCACCAGACGGUGAGCCCCGAGGGCGCUCAGGAGCAAGGAGACAGCCGGCCAUCCUACAGUCACCAGAUGGUGAGCCCCGAGAGCGCUCAGGAGGGAGAAGACAGCCGGCCAUCCUACAGUCACCAGACGGUGAGCCCCGAGGGCACUCAGGAGGGAGGAGACAGCCGGCCAUCCUACAGUCAACAGAGGGUGAGCCCCGAGGGUGCUCAGGAGGGAGGAGACAGCUGGCCAUCCUACAGUCACCAGACGACGGUGAGCCCCGAGGGCGCGCAGGAGUGGGAAGACAGCCGGCCAUCCUACAGUCACCAGUCGGUGAGCCCCGAGGGCGCUCAGGAGGGGGAAGACAGCCGGCCAUCCUACAGUCACCAGAGGGUGAGCCCCGAGGGCGCUCAGGAGGGAGGAGACAGCAGGCCAUCCUACAGUCAUCAGACAGUGAGCCCCGAGGGCGCUCAGGAGGGAGGAGACAGCCGGCCAUCCUACAGUCAUCAGACGGUGAGCCCCAAAGGCGCUCAGGAGGGAGGAGACAGCCGGCCAUCCUACAGUCACCAGACGGUGAGCCCCGAGGGCACUCAGGAGGGAGGAGACAGCCGGCCAUCCUACAGUCAUCAGACGUUGAGCCCCGAGAGUGCUCAGGAGGGAGGAGACAGCCGGCCAUACUACAGUCAUCAGACGGUGAGCCCCAAAGGCGCUCAGGAGGGAGGAGACAGCCGGCCAUCCUACAGUCACCAGACGGUGAGCCCCGAGGGCACUCAGGAGGGAGGAGACAGCCGGCCAUCCUACAGUCAUCAGACGUUGAGCCCCGAGAGUGCUCAGGAUGGAGGAGACAGCCGGCCAUACUACAGUCAUCAGACGACGGUGAGCCCCGAGGGUGCUCAGGAGGGAGAAGACAGCCGGCCAUCCUACAGUCACCAGACGGUGAGCCCCGAGGGCACUCAGGAGGGAGGAGACAGCCGGCCAUCCUACAGUCAUCAGACGGUGAGCCCCGAGGGCGCUCAGGAGGGAGGAGACAGCCGGCCAUCCUACAGUCACCAGACGGUGAGCCCCGAGGAAGCUCAGGAGGGAGAAGACAGCCGGCCAUCCUACAGUCAUCAGACGGUGAGCCCCAAAGGCGCUCAGGAGGGAGGAGACAGCCGGCCAUCCUACAGUCACCAGACGGUGAGCCCCGAGGGCACUCAGGAGGGAGGAGACAACCGGCCAUCCUACAGUCACCAGAGGGUGAGCCCCGAGGGCGCUCAGGAGGGGGAAGACAGCCGGCCAUCCUACAGUCACCAGACGGUGAGCUCCGAGGGCGCUCAGGAGGGAGAAGACAGCCGGCCAUCCUACAGUCACCAGAUGGUGAGUCCCAAGGGCGCGCAAGAGGGAGGAGACAGCCGGCCAUCCUAUAGUCACCAGAGGGUGAGCCCCGAGGGCGCUCAGGAGGGAGGAGACAGCCGGCCAUCCUACAGUCACCAGACGGUGAGCCCCGAGGGCGCUCAGGAGGGAGAAGACAGCCGGCCAUCCUACAGUCACCAGACGGUGAGCUCCGAGGGCGCUCAGGAGGGAGAAGACAGCCGGCCAUCCUACAGUCACCAGAUGGUGAGUCCCAAGGGCGCGCAAGAGGGAGGAGACAGCCGGCCAUCCUAUAGUCACCAGAGGGUGAGCCCCGAGGGCGCUCAGGAGGGAGGAGACAGCCGGCCAUCCUACAGUCACCAGACGGUGAGCCCCGAGGGCGCUCAGGAGGGAGAAGACAGCCGGCCAUCCUACAGUCACCAGAGGGUGAGCCCCGAGGGUGCUCAGGAGGGAGAAGAGAGCCGGCCAUCCUACAGUCAUCAGACGGUGAGCCCCGAGGGCGCUCAGGUGGAAGAAGACAGCCGGCCAUCCUACAGUCACCAGACGGUGAGCCCCGAGGGCGCGCAGGAGGGAGGAGACAGCCGGCCAUCCUACAGUCAUCAGACAGUGAGCCCCGAGGGCAACCAGGAGGGAGAAGACAGCCGGCCAUCCUACAGUCAUCAGACAGUGAGCCCCGAGGGCGCUCAGGACGGAGGAGACAGCCGGCCAUGCUACAGUCACCAGAGGGUGAGCCCCGAGGGCGCUCAGGAGGGAAGAGACAGGCGGCCAUACUACGGUCACCAGACGGUGAGCCCCGAGGGCACUCAGGAGGGAGGAGACAGCCGGCCAUCCUACAGUCACCAGACAGUGAGCCCCGAGGGCAACCAGGAGCGAGAAGACAGCCGGCCAUCCUACAGUCACCAGACGGUGAGCCCCGAGGGUGCUCAGGAGGGGGAAGACAGCCGGCCAUCCUACAGUCAUCAGACAGUGAGCCCCGAGGGCGCUCAGGAGGGAAGAGACAGCCGGCCAUCCUACAGUCACCAGAGGGUGAGCCCCGAGGGCGCUCAGGAGGGAGAAGACAGCCAGCCAUCCUACAGUCACCAGAGGACGGUGAGCCCCGAGGGCGCUCAGGAGGGAGGAGACAGCCGGCCAUCCUACAGUCACCAGACAGUGAGCCCCGAGGGCGCUCAGGAGGGAGGAGACAGCCGGCCAUGCUACAGUCACCAGACGGUGAGCCCCGAGGGCGCUCAGGAGGGAGGAGACAGCCGGCCAUCCUACAGUCACCAGACGGUGAGCCCUGAGGGCGCUCAGGAGGGAGAAGACAGCCGGCCAUCCUACAGUCACCAGAGGGUGAGCCCCGAGGGCGCUCAGGAGGGAGGAGACAGCCGGCCAUCCUACAGUCACCAGACGGUGAGCCCCGAGGGCACUCAGGAGGGAGGAGACAGCCGGCCAUCCUACAGUCACCAGACGGUGAGCCCCGAGGAUGCUCAGGAGGGGGAAGACAGCCGGCCAUCCUACAGUCACCAGACGGUGAGCUCCGAGGAUGCUCAGGAGGGAGGAGACAGCCGGCCAUCCUACAGUCACCAGACGGUGAGCCCCGAGGGCGCUCAGGAGGGAGAAGACAGCCGGCCAUCCUACAGUCACCAGAGGGUGAGCCCCGAGGGCGCUCAGGAGGGAGGAGACAGCCGGCCAUCCUACAGUCACCAGACGGUGAGCCCCGGGGGCGCUCAGGAGGGGGAAGACAGCCGGACAUCCUACAGUCACCAGACGGUGAGCUCCGAGGGUGCUCAGGAGGGAGGAGACAGCCGGCCAUCCUACAGUCACCAGAGGGUGAGCCCCAAGGGCGCGCAGGAGGGAGGAGACAGCCGGCCAUCCUACAGUCAUCAGACUGUGAGCCCCGAGGGCGCGCAGGAGGGAGGAGACAGCCGGCCAUCCUACAGUCAUCAGACAGUGAGCCCCAAGGGCGCGCAGGAGGGAGGAGACAGCCGGCCAUCCUACAGUCACCAGACGGUGAGCCCCAAGGGCGCGCAGGAGGGAGGAGACAGCCGGCCAUCCUACACUCAUCAAACGGUGAGCCCCAAGGGCGCGCAGGAGGGAGGAGACAGCCGGCCAUCCUACAGUCACCAGACGGUGAGCCCCGAGGGCGCUCAGGAGGGGGAAGACAGCCGGCCAUCCUACACUCAUCAAACGGUGAGCCCCAAGGGCGCGCAGGAGGGAGGAGACAGCCGGCCAUCCUACAGUCACCAGACGGUGAGCCCCGAGGGCGCGCAGGAGGGAGAAGACAGCCGGCCAUCCUACAGUCACCAGACGGUGAGCCCCAAGGGCGCGCAGGAGGGAGGAGACAGCCGGCCAUCCUACAGUCACCAGACGGUGAGCCCCAAGGGCGUGCAGGAGGGAGGAGACAGCCGGCCAUCCUACAGUCACCAGACGAGUCACCACAGCGUGAGCCCCGAGGGCACUCAGGAGGGAGAAGACAGCCGGUCAUCCUACAGUCACCAGACGGUGAGCCCCGAGGGCGCUCAGGAGGGAGGAGACAGCCGGCCAUCCUACAGUCAUCAGAGGGUGAGCCCCGAGGGCGCUCAGGAGGGAGGAGACAGCCGGCCAUCCUACAGUCAUCAGAGGGUGAGCCCCGAGGGCGCUCAGGAGGGAGGAGACAGCCGGCCAUCCUACGGUCACCAGACGGUGAGCCCCGAGGGCGCUCAGGAAGGAGGAGACAGCCGGCCAUCCUACAGUCAUCAGACGGUCAGCCCCGAGGGCGCGCAAGAGGGAGGAGACAGCCGGCCAUCCUACAGUCACCAGACGGUGAGCCCCGAGGGCGCUCAGGAGGGAGGAGACAGCCGGCCAUCCUACGGUCAGCAGACGGUGAGCCCCGAGGGCGCUCAGGAGGGAGGAGACAGCCGGCCAUCCUACAGUCACCAGACGGUGAGCACCGAGGGCGCUCAGGAGGGAGGAGACAGCUGGCCAUCCUACAGUCACCAGAGGGUGAGCCUCGAGGGCGCUCAGGAGGGAGGAGACAGCCGGCCAUCCUACAGUCAUCAGACAGUGAGCCCCGAGGGCGCUCAGGAGGGAGAAGACAGCCGGCCAUCCUACAGUCACCAGAUGGUGAGCCCCGAGGGCGCUCAGGAGGGAGGAGACAGCCGGCCAUCCUACAGUCACCAGACGGUGAGCCCCGAGGGCGCUCAGGAGGGAGGAGACAGCCGGCCAUCCUACAGUCAUCAGACAGUGAGCCCCGAGGGCGCUCAGGAGGGAGAAGACAGCCGGCCAUCCUACAGUCACCAGACGGUGAGCCCCAAGGGCGCUCAGGAGGGAGGAGACAGCCGGCCAUCCUACAGUCAUCAGACAGUGAGCCCCGAGGGCGCUCAGGAGGGGGAAGACAGCCGGCCAUCCUACAGUCACCAGACGGUGAGCACCGAGGGCGCUCAGGAGGGAGGAGACAGCCGGCCAUCCUACAGUCACCAGACGGUGAGCACCGAGGGCGGGCAGGAGGGAGGAGACAGCCGGCCAUCCUACAGUCACCAGAGGGUGAGCCCCGAGGGCGCGCAGGAGGGAGAAGACAGCCGGCCAUCCUACAGUCACCAGACGGUGAGCCCCGAGGGCGCGCAGGAGGGAGGAGACAGCCGGCCAUCCUACAGUCAUCAGACGGUGAGCCCCGAGAGUGCUCAGGAGGGAGGAGACAGCCGGCCAUCCUACAGUCACCAGUUGGUCGCCGUUCCCUGGGUGAGCCCAGAAGAAAGGGAGCUCCGGAUGUAA